CUUGGAAAUGGCUUCUCCAACAUCUUCUCCGGUUCUUGUUUUGUUUGUUCUGCUCCAGAUGGUGCUAAGCACUGUCGAAUUGAAGCCGACGAUGACCGCUCAAACUUUCCGACAUCUAGUGGGGUGCCGCAAAGAUCAUACCGCCGAAGGGGUUUCCGAGCUCAAACAGUUUGUCGAUAAACUCGGAUACUUGAAUCACGACGGUGCUAAGGAUGACAAGUUCGAUGAGGAUUUGGAGUCUGGUAUCAAAGCAUACCAGGUUAAUUAUCAGUUGAAUGUCACAGGCAGCCUAGAUGACGAUACUUUGAAACAAAUGAUGAAGCCGAGAUGCGGCAUUGCGGAUUUACGACUAAAUGGUGAUAAAAAUUCCAAGUCUGUGUACCGAUUCGAAGCCGCUCGUUACGAAUUCUUUCUUGGGAAUCUGAAAUGGCCGAUCUCGAAGACUCAUCUAACCUACAACUUUCGUUCGAGUGUUGAAGUCCCUCUCGAUGAAGACAUAAGGUCCAUUUGUUUCAGAUCUUUCGAACGAUGGGCAGAUGUGAGCCGCUUUACGUUUGAAGAAGUAUCGGAUGACUACAUUGCCGAUAUUGAAAUCGGAUUCCAUAGUGGCGACCAUGGAGACGGGAACCCCUUCGAUGGUCCGCAGGGGACUCUGGCUCAUGCUAGUCCACCAACAGGGGGAAAGUUGCACUAUGAUGCUGAUGAAAACUGGAGCACUAACCCUGGUCCUGAUGAGAUCGACUUGGAAUCGGUCACUGUGCACGAAAUCGGCCACCUUCUCGGGCUUCAGCACAGCAUGAUCCCUGAUGCAGUCAUGUAUGCGUACUUCGACUCCGGCGUUACGAAGAGGAGGCUGAACAGGGAUGACGUUCACGGUAUCCGCGCCUUAUACGGAUUAUUAUGAGUGAAAGAAAAAA